AUGAAGCUCAAGCUAGUGUGCCACUUCAGCGUGAAGCAGAAGAGCGGGCGCAAGCGCAAGCCCCGAGAGGGGGAGGCGCCGACGCUAGACACACCUUCCCGUCCGCCGGCCCCCCGUGCCAACAAGACCGGGGCCGUCGGCGGCAGCGGCAAGGGCUCUGCGGCGUCGGCGAUGGCGGCGGCAACUGCGGCGGCGGCGGAUUCGGCCGCGGCGGAAUCGGCGGCGGCGGCCGCGGCGGCCGCGGCGGCGACGGCGUCGUGGUCCAACGCGGGCGGCAGGGAGCGAGGCCUGUCUUCGGCAAGCCGGAGGAGCGGGGGAGGAUCGGAAUCUGAUGGGGGUCACGGCGACCGGGGUGUGUUCUCGGGAAAGAGAAAGUCGUCCAGCUCGAAGCAGUCGGCAGCGCCGCACCAGAAGCAACGCCGGGAAAAUACCAUGGACAUGGCCGCCGCCGCCACCGCCGAUCCCAGCCAAGGAGGAAGGGGCCCCACGGGAGGAAGAGGGUCUGGCCCCACCCCCUACGCCGUCGAUGGGCAGGCGCGCUCCCCUCAUGGCAGCAGCGUUGGUCACCACUACCUCCCGGCCUCCGCCAACUCUCACAACAGCUUCGCGCAGAGACCCCCCUCCCCAUCGCGCAGCGGUAGCGGGAGCGUCAGCAGCAGCAGCGGUGCUGUGCACUCCCCAAAGCCGUCGCGAGACGCGAGAACCGGGCGCCACAACUACCGUCACGUUCAUCACCGGGGCGACGGCGGUGCUAGGGCUGGCCGCCAAGACUCCUCCGGGAGCGGCGGCAGGGGAGGGGGGGUGGCGCCACCGGCGGUGCCGCCGGCGGUGGGCCCGGAGCCGCAGAUGCGAGUGGCGUCCAAGGGGGUCCCGCAGGUGUCUUCCGGCGGGGCGGGGGGUAUCCCCAUGCGACCGUCGUCGCCGAGCGCCUGGCGGGCGGCGGCUCAGCAGGACUCGUCCACCUCCCGACACGUUCUCCACCCGCAUCACCACCACCGGAAGGUGUCGCCACCACCACCUUCUGCACCGCAGAGGCAUCUACAACAACAACACCACGUGCAUCAAAACCCGCAAACCCAGCCCUCGUCGUCGCGAGGAGGGGGAUCCGCGGGCGUGGGGGGAGGAACCACCCCGCCCCCCGGUGCCCGAGAGCCUCCGCACCGGCAGCAGUACCAGCCGGAGCCGGAGUCGAACGGGCAGCUGGCGUGGAAGCUUGUGCCGGAUUCCCGAUCAGUGCCCUCCCCCGGCUUCACAGACCAACAGCAGCACCAACAGCAGCACCAACAACAACACCCCCAUCAUCAUCACCACCGUGGGAUUGCCCCGCAGCAGGCCGCCUUCUACGGCUCCGGCCAUGCCGCGGCGCAAGCGGGGGCGCCGCAGCGACCGCAGCCGCAGCCGCCAGUGGCUGCGACGCCGUCUCCCGGGGACUUCGUCGGUACGGAUACGCAGGAGGCGGACGCGGCCGCUGCGCGGGCCGCAGAGGCGAAGGCUCGGCUGGUAGAGGCGAACGCGAGGUCGGAGAUGGCGGCGCACGAGGCGAAGGAGGCGGCGGAGGCGGCCGAAGUGGCGAAGGAGGCCGCGACGGCAGUGGUGCUGCCGCUGCCCGCGACCAGGGAGGAGAUCACGAGAGACGGCAGGGUCGGGAGGAGGGAGAACGCCUUCCUGGACACGUACUUCGCGUUCUUUGGACGUUUCGUGCGCGCCGGCGACCCUGACGGCCAAGCCCGCUCGCCACCGCCGCCAGGUAGAACGUCGUCCCCGGCCGUGCCCGGGGGGGCGGGGGCGGGGGGCGGGGGGGCAUCGAGAUUGCCCGCCGACGGCCCCGGCGAAGGGGGACGCGCUAACGGGGGCGAGGUGGGCGGGGUGAGGUCGCGGGACCGGCAGGGUUCGAGGGCGCCGGGGGGGGUGGCGAGCGGCCUCAAGAGAGGGGUUACCCCCGAGAAGGGGGCGAGCCUUUGGGCCGGCGUCGGCAUCGGGGCCAUGCUCCAGGGAGCUUCACCAGAAGACGGCGAGGUCUACGCCAAGAUGGCGAGAGAUCAGCUAGACACGGCGAAGGCGUACGGGGAGGACGGAGGAGGGGGAGGGGGCGCUCUGAGCUCUUGCGCGAACCGGAGGCAACAGCGCGUCAGGGCGGACCUGAUGUUGUGCGUGCUGUACGACAUGCUGGGCCGUUACGAUAUGUCGGACGAGUGCCUGGACGCAGGCUUUGAGGGAGUCGCGGAGUCAUCGACGCACCUUCACGAUGUACUCGACCUCCUCCUCGCCUCCAAGCAGGAGAGAGACUGGUGCGGUUCCCCCGGCGCGGGACACCAACACCACCGCCACCACCCCCACCACCACCACCACCACCAUCAUCAUCACCACCACCACCACCACGAUCACCACCACCACCACCAUCAAGCUUCGGCAGGGGGGGGUGGGGCGGCCGGGAGGGGUUCUGGCGCUGUCGUUUCGAGCGUUGGCAUCGGCACACCCCGGCAGCAGACCCCGAUGCUCAUCACCGAGGGGAACGCUCUGUCCCUGCUCAACCGCUUGAGCUGGGACACGUUGAGGCGGUUCACGAAGCUCCCGUUCGCGGCGGCUAGCCGGGGAGGGCAUGGCGGCUCCAGCUGCCAGGCACUUGCGGAAUGGCGCAGCGGGGAGGGUUGGUACGGGACAUUGGUGAAGGCCCACUCGCACCUCUGCGCGGAUCUGAACGACGACGUGAGAGCCCUGCCUCGCUGUCCCCUCGCCGUCGGCCUUCUGAAGAGCAAGCUCAGCUGGCUCCACUCUUGUUUGGGGAGGACCACGGCCGCGGCGGAUAAGUCUCAAGUGAUGCUCGCCCUGUUGGAACCGUUCCCCGGCGCCGGUCGUUGGUCGUUAUGGAGACAUCCCCUGCACCUCGCGGCCUGCCACUUGGCCAUCGCCGGCAGACCGGGAGCCUACGAGAAACUGAGACGGACCUUCAACGCCUUCUUAAGGCCGGGCAUGAACUCAGGGGAGUUGAAGUCCAACGCGGGGGCGGAUGGGUAUGUGGCCGGGGGAGACAGGGGGGCGGCGGAGAAGGGAGGGGGGUUCGCGGGAGAGGGGGAGUUGGUGGGAGGGGGGGGGAGCGACGGGGGGGCUUUGGGACAUUCGCCUGCCGGCGUGCCAGAAGGGGCGGGGAGCAACCAUGUAGGCAUGUUCGGGCCAGGCACCAGGUUAAUGGACCGGAACCUCAGCUUCCAGGAUUACCAGUCUCUUAUGGAGAUGUUGGCCGUCGAUCAGCAGCUGAAUGCGUCGCUGGCGACCCCGCUCGACCCAAUCGACGAUCUCUUGGCAGACUGGAACAGUAGCGUGGAGGAUGGGGUGGAAUCGAGAGCCGGGAUGCUCAGCGGGCGAAAUUCAGGCUCAGAACAAAACGUUCAUGGCCAAUGA